UCAUCAGACUCAUUCCUCUCAAGCAAAGAACUUUCAGAAAUAAAAGAAAGAUCAAAGUUACGAUGGAUGCGAGGAUUUUCAGAUUGGAGAACCCAUUCUUCACGACGCUGCAGAAUCUGGUUGAUUUGCCCGACGAAAUGGAGAAAGCCUUCAACUCCCCUUCGAAGACUUAUGUUCGCGACACGCGGGCGAUGGCUUCCACGCCGGCCGACGUCAAGGAGCUGACGUCGGCCUACGAAUUUGUCCUCGAUAUGCCUGGGGUCAAAUCUGGGGAGAUCAAGGUUCAGGUCGAAGACGGCAACACGCUCACAGUUACAGGUGAGCGUCGCCGGGACGACGAAGACAAGGAAAGCGGCGGCAAGUACAUUCGGAUGGAACGCCGGGUUGGGAAAUUUUUGCGCAAGUUCUCCCUACCCGAUAAUGCUAAUAUCGAAGCCAUCUCGGCCGUUUGCCGCGACGGUGUUCUUACCGUCACCGUGCAGAAGCUCCCGCCUCCUGAGCCUAAGAAGCCCAAGACAAUCGAGGUCAAGAUUGCUUGAAUCGAUUACUACAUCUGAAAUUGAAAUGCUUAUCUAACUAUCUUUGUUAAGUGUCUGUUGAGGUUUUGUGAGUAUGGUUUGAGAUCGUAUCAACGUAAUCUGUUUUCAUUCCAACUGCAUUUUGCGUUCUAUCAACGUAUAAGUUUUGCGAUCUUUGUUAAGUGUCUGUUUGAGGUUUUGUGCGUAUGGUUUGAGAUCGUAUCAAUGUAAUCUGUUCUCAUUCCAACCUCAUUUUGUCUCUCUAUCAACGUAUAAGUUUUAUCCGUUUACAAGUGUAGCAAGCUUCGUUU